AUGGACAAAUAUCGACCCAAGAGACCAACCACCCUGGCUCUGUUCCCACAGCUGCCACAAGCUGGCACCCAGGACUCCAUCAACAACAACUCUUUAGGCAAGAAGGACAGCUGGAAGGACUCCUGUUCCUCCUCCCCACAUAUUACAGGGGAUCUAACACCACCGGAUAUCCAGCCAAAAGCAGAGGACAAAGUUCAGCACAGCAAGCGGCGCCCAGCACCAAAACCACCCACAGCUAAAGGAGUGAACAGCAGAGCUAACUCUCAGGUUGCUGCCACCACUGUUGACACGCGAGCUCGACUGCGAGAAAGACAGGCAUCAGGCGCAACACACAUACAGUCCUCCAGCACACCAAGGAGUCAAAGGAGAGGAGGAAGAGGAGCCCCAGCAAUGAGAGAGAGGGGCCUGGGGGACAUCAGAGGAAAGGAUGGAGUGACAGCAGGGAAGGAAGAUAAAAGAGGAGGAAGACUGUGUGAGCAGUCCAGGGGGAAGGAGAAAGAGAGAAAUGGACAUCAGAGGCCAAGAGAAACAACUGGACUGAAAAGCCAGGGGGGUGAUGGGAAAGGAAAAGUAGGUGCUAAGGGGGUUAACAAAGGAAUGGUAAUGAAGCCAGAUAACAUACUGGCCAACCAGGAAGUUUAUCUGACAGCCAUGGUGGUCCCACGAACGCCUGUAGCACCAAGAACCGAGGACAAGACCCAAGACCAAGGCCAAAACCAUGACAGGACACAAGACAUUCCCCCUAUCCUCUCCCGGUCCAGCAGAGGGGGAUCGAACAGAAUGUCCCUCAGCUCAGAUACAGAGGGCCCCCCACCAGGGCCUCUGCAACCUUCUCUAUCACACCGAAUCGACCCUGACAUCAGCGAAGAAGAGGGGGAGGGAGAUCCAACUCCCUGCAUGAACGCCCAGAUUGGUCCAACCCCUUGCCUUACAGAUGAUGAAAAAACAGAGAUGGACUGUACCAAGUCACAGGUGGAAGCAAGGGGAGGAAAAGGUGACUAUAACACUGAUGUGGUCACUCAGGGAGAUGGUGCGGCUGCUCAGAUUGUACCAAAGAGUGAAGCUAUGGCACUGUUAAACUAUGACUCCAUUAAAUACACUCUGGUGGUUGAUGAACAUGCUCAAUUAGAGCUGGUCAGCCUCAAGGACUGCUUGCACAGUUACAAUGAGCACAAUGAUGACAGUGAUGCAGAGACGGUGUAUCAGUCAGCCAAUGAGGAGGAAGACCCAGAGUAUGAGGAGGAAAGGAAGAGGAGAGAGGAAGCAAAGAAGCAAGACAGAAGGAAAGAGGAGGAAAAGAGAAGAAAGGAGGAGGAGGAGACGAAGAGGAGGAGGGAAGAGGAUGUGAAGAGGAGGAGGGAGGAAGAGGUGAAAAGAAGGAGGGAAGUUGUGGCAAAGAUCUGCAAGCAGUCCAAGAUAACGUCAACCACAACCUCAGAGGAGGAAGGGUCUAAUGGAGGAAGGCCAGGAGCUUCCAGAAGUAAGAAGUUCCUCAACCUGUUUUCCAACAACAGCAGUCAUUACAGCAACACAGGUGCUGGGUCAUUUGGUGUGUUCUCCUGUGUUUUGGAUGGAGUGGAGAGACAACAGAGCCACAGAGCUGUCUACAGGUUUUGUCCCCGUCAUGCAGACGAACUGUACCUAGAAACAGAUGAUCCGGUGUUAAUCUUGAACCAGUCUGAGGACCUGUGGUGUCAGGGUUACAACAUGAGGACUGGAGCUACUGGCAUCUUCCCUGCCUUCUAUGCUGUCAGCGUGGCUAAAGAUAUUAACCAAGUCCAGAAAGAUGGCUGGAUAGAACAGUUCCUGGUGCAAUUCCUGGGUUCAGUUCAGGUCCCAAUCCACAAAGGCAACGACAUGCUUUGUGCUGCGAUGCAGAAGGUGGCGUGCAACAGGCGGUUAGCAGGGCAGCGUCCUUCAGCAUGUGUGCUGGAGGUUAGUGUAAAGGGUGUGAAGAUCAGUGUCCAAGACCAGUGUCACUCUGCACAUAGGGGGGACCAGUGUUUCCACUUCUUCCAGUUGAAGAACAUCUCAUUCUGUGGCUGUCAUCCAAAACACAGCAAAUAUUUUGGUAUCGUCACCAAACACCCUGACCAACAGCGCUUUGCCUGUCAUGUGAUGAUGUCAGAGACAACGUUACAUCCUCUGGCCGAGUCUGUAGGGAGGGCGUUCCGGCAGUAUUACAAGGAGCACAUUGGCUACUCCUGUCCCACCGAAGACAUCUUCAUUGAGUAACAGCUCCCCCCAUCCACAUUAUGUAUUGAAUACUCACUAUGUGCAUGUAAGCUUGGACUUACACAGCAAACUGGACCACUCAUUUGUCUUUUUCAGAGUACUUGCAUGGUGGAUUUCUGUACUUACCUGCAUCCAGUGAUAAAGCAAGCUUUUCCUUACGUUAGCCAUGCCACAAUAUAAAUACCUCUCUGGAUGGAUUGGAUCACAUGAGAUGUUCCAUACACUGAGAACAAAUGUAACAUCAGCCCUACCUAAAUUUAAAUACAAAUAUGUGAUAUUGAUAUAUUUUUUGGUUUAUGUCACUACAUGUAGAUGUUUGAUGUAAAACCAGAGUUAAUUUAAUGACAGAAUAUUUAUGUCAUCAAUUUGUGAACCUGCAAGCAUUGGUGAAAUGUAUAAUAAUUCCUCAGAGACUGUUUUUGUGAUGGAUUUACCAUUUCAUUCAUGUAUCGAAAAACAAGAGUUAGCAGCCAUGUUAGCACCUCACAAGGUUGUGUUUAGGCACAGCUGUGAUUUAAUCUACUGUAAAUGCUCAGUUCAACAUGUUCACAAUGACAAAGUUUAUCAUGUCAGCAUCUAACAUCUGUUAAACACAAAGUUCAACUGCUUUUCUCUAUCAUGUAAUGGAUAGUGAAUGUGUUUGUGGUAUUGGACUGUUGAUCAGACAAGGUAAACAUUUUGAAAAGAGAUCUCCUCAGGCUCACCUUGAGAUCACCUAGAGCUCUGGGAACUUAUAUGGACCUUAAUCAUAAUUUGACAUUUCAUAAACUAAAAACACACUUACAUACAAAAAUAUCUAAAUCUUUGAUCUGUUGUCAAACUGAUGUCUUGGUAUGAUGAAUGCACUUGAGUGAAAAGGGUCUAUAUCUGCAGCUUGAGUUCUAGUUUGUGUAAUGACAAACAUCGUCAUAGCCCAUUCUUCCUUCUAGUGACUGGUUUGUACUCAUAAUGACGGACACAUGUGGUUAAACAUUAAGCACUCAAAACUUUAAUUCA